AUGGAAAAGUCUGGAGUAGGCUAUUUGGGAGUGGUUCAAGUUCCUCUGCGGCAGAUGCAAUUUGUGGAAGAGGUAGGAGAGCGGUUGCACGACACACGACAAACGGAACGUCUCCAAGCACUCUUUCAAAAUACUGCAGCUGAUCAUGAAAACUGUAGGCAUUGGGUUGAUGGCUACAUCGACAAUACUGAAGUGUCAUCCUUUGUAAACAAGCUGGGUCUGUCCCGUCAUGAACUCAAACAGCAUAACCUAGAUGGCAAUUACCCUCGCCUUGAUGACCAGGUCGUGUGCUUCACUCAGGGUCGUCAUCGAAUCGAAGCGGCCAGCAACAUUAAUCCAUAUGACCUUUGGACGGUCAGGCUGUCAUGCAUGAGCCUCUCGCAAAUCCAAACCAACCAGAUAGUGAAAUCACGAACGGAGCAAUAUCAGCAUGAGACGCCAGAUUCAGACGGGCGUAUAUACUCUAAGCUGCGACAGUAUGGGGACAGAGGGUUCGAGUUCCACGAGUGGCAUCAGCGCUUGAGUAAAAAGAAACAGUAUAUCUUUCGAAGAAUCACUCAGCUUUGUCCCAUGGUGGAGGCACUUGAUUUGCUUAUACAGCUUCCAGGUGUCCUUGACUUCCUGCAGCUUGGAUGCUACGGCACAGUUUUCGACAACCGACUUUUUGAAGAGUGUAUCACUGGCUGGAAUCUCAUAUCUGCAGAAUGGUCAAGGUUUACCCUUGGCAGUAGGCUUCUACAAAGUUCUAUUGACAGGGACACGGUGGUCGCUCUCGAAGGCCGUGCUCCGGCCGCCAGUGAAGCAGACCGGGAGUGGAUUCACCAGGCGUUCACAAGCGGCCAAGUUUGGCCGAGAAUUACGGACCCACAGCAACGAUGUGAACUGGAGAGUCGAGUGCAAUCGACCACAGUCAUAAUACCAGGCCUUCGUUGGCUGCAGGGCAACCUCCUGUAUCUGAACAUAGCUGCCCGCAUCAUUUGGAAGCUGAUUAUCCCUGAGAAGGAAGGGCGAAAGGCUGAACGUAAGAAGCUGUCGUUGCAACAAAUUUUACAGAGCUAUUGGGUCGCGUCCGAGUCCAAGUCGUGCGUUGAGAUCCAAGAAGGCGUAUUUCAGCCCGUGUAUGGUCCGGCGUCGUUCAAUUUAGCGUACAAUCAGCUGAUGCUGGCCGCUCUUCGCCAAUUUCCCUAUCUGAGCAAGCCUGAACCCAAGGGAAAGUUCACUAGACUUGAAUUGCGUAUCACUCUUCCACAAGAGGGCAGCUCUUCUUGGAUUUCGCAGCUCCGUUAUCCAGCAAGGAGUCGCCAUUGUGAGUCCACCAUUCCAGCCUCGAGAAUGGACGAUAUGUGA